GUUUGUGUCUGGAGCGGCUUUGAGAAGGGAUUUUCUUGGGAUGCGUGCUGAUCUGUUGCCUUCCCUUUGGAUGCACAUCCCGCGCUAAUCCCUGCAGCCUCGGGUCGGAGCCCUUGCGAAGACUUGGGUCCUCCCGAAAUCCUCAGGUCCUGUAGGCAGGCAGGGGACACCCGGAGAAAGAGAUCCUAGCGUUUCCACGGCCGCCCCGGCCCUCCGCAUCCUCCGCCCGGCCCGGCGCGGCCUCUUCUGCCCUCAGCACCCUCGGCCCCGCGGCUUCCACCCCCAUGGAGGUGCUGGAGAGCGGGGAGCAGGGCGUCCUGCAGUGGGACCGCAAGCUGAGCGAGCUGUCGGAGCCUGGGGACCCCGAGGCUCUCAUGUACCACACGCACUUCUCCGAACUUCUGGAUGAGUUUUCCCAGAAUGUCUUGGGUCAGCUCCUGAAUGACCCUUUCCUCUCCGAGAAGAGCGUAUCGAUGGAGGUGGAGCCAUCUCCUACAUCCCCAGCACCUCUCAUCCAAGCUGAGCACAGCUACUCCCUGUGCGAGGAGCCCCGGGCCCAGUCACCUUUCACCCACACGGCCACCAGCGACAGCUUCAAUGAUGAGGAGGUGGAAAGUGAGAAAUGGUUUCUGUCCACUGACUUCCCUUCAGCCACCAUCAAGACUGAGCCGAUUACGGAGGAGCAGCCCCCAGGCCUGGUUCCCUCGGUCACUCUAACCAUCACAGCCAUCUCCGCCCCUUUUGAGAAGGAAGAACCCCAUCUGGAAAUCAAUACUGGGGUUGAUUCCUCAUGCCAGACAAUCAUCCCUAAGAUUAAGCUGGAGCCUCACGAAGUGGAUCAGUUCCUUAACUUCUCUCCUAAAGAAGCCUCCGUGGACCAGCUGCACCUGCCACCAACUCCUCCCAGCAGUCACAGCAGCGACUCUGAGGGCAGCCUGAGCCCCAACCCACGCCUGCACCCCUUCGGCCUGCCUCAGACCCACAGUCCUGCCAGAGCCGUGCCCCGCGCCCCAUCCGCCCUGUCCACCUCUCCCCUCCUCACAGCGCCCCACAAACUGCAGGGAUCUGGCCCACUGGUCCUGACCGAGGAGGAGAAGAGGACCCUGAUUGCGGAGGGCUAUCCCAUCCCCACCAAACUGCCCCUCACCAAGUCCGAGGAGAAGGCCCUGAAGAAGAUCCGGAGGAAAAUCAAGAACAAGAUUUCUGCCCAGGAGAGUCGAAGAAAGAAGAAAGAAUACAUGGACAGCUUAGAGAAAAAGGUGGAGUCCUGUUCCACUGAGAACCUGGAGCUUCGGAAGAAGGUGGAGGUUCUGGAGAACACCAACCGGACUCUCCUUCAGCAACUCCAGAAGCUUCAGACUUUGGUGAUGGGGAAGGUUUCUCGCACCUGCAAGUUGGCAGGCACGCAGACUGGGACCUGCCUUAUGGUGGUUGUGCUGUGCUUCGCUGUUGCAUUCGGCAGCUUCUUUCAAGGCUAUGGUCCCUAUCCUUCUGCGACCAAGAUGGCUCUGCCCAACCAGCACUCCUUGUCAGAGCCGUACGCAGCCUCUGUCGUGAGAUCCAGGAACCUGCUGAUCUAUGAGGAGCAUUCUUCCCUGGAGGAGCCAUCCAGCCAGGCCUCAAAUGGGGAGCUUGGGGGCUGGGACAGAGGCUCUGCCCUGUUCAGGGCAUCAGCACUGGAGCCCCUGCCAGACAUGGAACUUACUCAUUUCAUUAUCUCAAAUGAGACCAGCUUGGAGAAGUCCGUGCUGUUGGAGCUGCAGCAGCACCUGGUCAGCGCCAAACUGGAGGGGAAUGAAACUCUCAAAGUGGUAGAACUGGAGAGAAGAGUGAACACCACCUUCUAGUGAUGCUUUCUCCAGCUCCCUUCUUCCCCUAACUCUCCCUUGACUUCCCCAAAUCACCUCUGUCACUAGCUUUUCCUCUUUGCCAUUGGAGGUUGAAGAGCACGGGGAUGAGUGUUAGUGGCUCGGGAUGGGAGGCCGGCCUGGGGUUCUGCUUGCAUGUCUCCCGCUCGCUCUCAUGGAGAAGGGAGCCAGUGCCUCUCCCUCCCUUUUCUCUCACUGCCAUAGGAAAUUGUUUCAGGUAGGGGUGGCAUGCAGAUGGGACAAGCAGGCUUGUUGCCAUCCAUCGUGCCCAAAGAUACUGCCUGAUUCUCCCCCCUCGGAGAUCGUCCCCUCUUGGAAGAAGAGAUGACUUUUAUUCAGUUGACGUCGCAGACCCUAGCCCCAUGCCUGCUGGGAUUUGGCAAAGCACUGAUUCUGGUUCUCCCUUGCUCACACUAGGCCUCUAGUGUGAUUGCUCCCCUCCGCCCUGGGUGUGCCAGGGCCUCACAUCAGGACCCUCCCUCCACGCUGCCUUCCAGUACCCUUGGGGCAGACAGAGAGGGGGCUUCCUUUGCGAACUCAGGCCGCAAGUGCAAUGCCUGAAGGCAUCAUCAGGCUUUUCUCCUCCAGGCCGACCUGCCCAUCAUAUUGCUUGUAGGAUCUCCUUCAUUUGCUUCCCAAUAAGGACCUUAGUUGUACCUCCCUGGCUUCCCCUCCCCACGUGUAAAUAGUAUUUAUUAGCUUACUGAGGCUCCCCGCCCGUGACCCCACUGAAGUGACUCAGUGUCCCCCUCCCUCCACGGUAGCCAGGUCUCCCGUGGCAGUGGAGCGUGGCUGUGAGUGCCUCAGUUCUCCCAGAUGAUUUGUUUGUUUCCUUCUCUCUUUCUCUCUCCUUUAAAUGGGAGGCCUAGGAAGUAAUUAUUACUGAGAAGUUCCCUGAAGCCUGUGUCUCCCUCGUGGACGGACUAAGAAGGAAUGAUAGAGCGAUGGCUUGCUCAGAGCCGGGGCUCUGUGGCCUGUUGCUUUCUCUCUCCAGAGAGACAAGAAGAAGCAAAGAAGCUCUGUCUCUGUCAGCAGGCCUGGCUGACAGCUUGUCCUCCACACCUGCCAGGCCUUUCCUCCCUGUACCCUGCCUUCCCUCUGCCCGCCUUAACCAAGGGGACGUCGGAGCAUCCGCUGUCUUGACCUUUCUGUAGUCAGGUCUGGCUACUUUGCAGCUCACCCAAAGAGACAUAACCUAAUCCCCAACCUACUUUUUAUUUUUGUUUGAAAUGAUUAAAAGUAACUUUUAUAGUGAAAAUCUUUCCUCUUUCAUACAAAGAAGAAAUGGAAAUUGCCUUUUUAUUGUAUUAGAUAGAAGACUCCCUUGACAUGUUCCCCCCCCCGCCCCAAU